AUGGGCUGCGGCCGUGCUGUGUGCGUGCUGCUGGCUGCUGCGCUUCUGCCUGCCCGCGCCUUCCCCCAGACCAACAUCAAGAUCAGCCAAGCCCUGCCGGAGCCUGUGCAUGCCUACUCCUGCCCUCUUUUCUGGACGGAGUAUGAAGGGCACUGCUACCGCUACUUCCCCAUCAACAAAACCUGGGCCGAGGCCGACCUCUACUGUGCAGAGUUCUCCAUUGGCAUCAGGUCAGCGAAGCUGGCCUCCAUUCACAGCUGGGAAGAGAAUGUCUUCGUGUAUGAUCUGGUGAACAGCCGCGUGCCCGGCAUCCCCACUGACAUCUGGACAGGGCUCAAUGACCUACGGCAGGAGGGUCACUUUGAGUGGACAGACGGCACCUCCUAUGACUACAACUACUGGGAUGGCAGCCAGCCCGAUGACGGCAUCCACUCCAUCCCAGAGGAGGAGGACUGCGUACAGAUGUGGUACCGGGCCAGCAGCGCGCUGCGCUCCUGGAACGACAACGCCUGCGGCCGGACCUUCCCCUUUGUCUGCAAAAUCCCCUCGCUGGCCCUGGACUGAGCCUGACUGUGUGCCCAGCUUCGUGCUGCCUCUGCGGGGCAGCGCGGGACGGAGCAGGCCUCGUGCUCUUCACCUCUGGCCCUGGAGCUCUGUCCGCUGA